AUGGCGAAUGACAGCAGCACAAGCAAGGCCUCAGAGGCUAAGGAUGCCUCCGUGCCGGAAGCUGCAGCAGGAGCAGCAGCAGCAGCAGCAGCAGCAGCAGCAGUGGAUCCGAAAGAGAAGUAUCUGCAGCUGCUUACUACUUCUCUGGUGUUAGUUAGAGAUGCUGUCGAAACACAAGACCAGCGCUACAUGCUGCGGAUGCUGCGGCGUUUUAAGCAGCUGCGGCUGCAGCAGCAGCAGUACCCUAAGCAGCUGCUGCAGGUGUGCUCGCUCAUCUUCUGGGGACAGCCAGAGCUGCAGCAGCAACAACAGCAGCAGGAAGGCAGCAGCAGCAGCAGCAGCAGCAAAACCCAACUCAUACACCGUUCUAUCUUUACUCAAGAAGCUCUAUCUUUCUGGAGGACUCUAAGAGAGACAUUAGAAGAAAUCGUGCGAGACAGAGAAGGCGAAGGGGAGAUGAUGAACACAGACGAGCCUCCACAGCAGAAGCAGCAGCAGCAGCAACAGCAGCAGUCGAAGCAAGAAGGUGGCGCUGCAGCAGCAGCAACAGACUCUGCAGCAGCAGGAAGCAGCAAGACACUGCAGUCCUUCCGUGCUUCUUCAUUCCUUUGCUGCUUACCAGAGGCGGAGGUAUUGCUGGCGACGUUGGUGUUGCUGCUGCUGCUCGACCCGCGUCCACAGCAGCAGCAGCAGCAGAAGCAGCAGAAGCAGCAGCAGCACGAACAGCAGCAGCAGCAGCAGCAGCAGUGGCAGAAGGCCUGGGAAUUUAGCUGCUGCCUCAUUGAAAGAGUGAAGCAGCACGAUCGCAGAUCCCUAGACAGACUAACAGCAAAGGCGUGGUUUUAUCAUGAUAGAGCGUUAGAACUCUCGAAACAAAAAUGCGACAGACGCGCGGAGUAUCUUGCUGCUUAUCGGAAGGCUACGGCUCGCCGAGACAUCACUACGCAGGCGACGCUGCUGAAUAUGCUGCUGAGACUCUUCGUUAACAGCAAACAGCACGAUGUAGCACUCAAACUGGUGCAGAAGACGACAUAUCCUGAGGGGCUUCAAUCAAAUGCACAGCAUGCGCGUUACCUGUACUAUCUGGGUCAGAUUCAGGCAGCUCGUUUGGAGUACGGCUCUGCCUUCUCGCAUUUGCAGUUGGCGCUCCGCAAAGCGCCGCAGCAGCCAACGAUAGCCAGGGGCUUCAGACUAGCGGCGUUAAAGAAGUGCAUAGUAGUGGAGUUGUUGAUGGGCGAUAUCCCAGAGCGGUCUCUCUUUAACAAACAAAAUAUGCAUGCAGAGCUAGUGCCCUACAGAGAAAUUGUCUUGGCUGUGCGCAGCGGCGAUCUGCAUGCGUUUGCUGCAGUGCUGCAGCAGCACGAGAAGAGGUUUCGGCAGGAUGAUACUUAUACGCUGCUGCGGAGGCUGCAUCAGAAUGUCAUUAGGGCGGGCCUCCGCAUUAUCUCUCUUUCUUACUCAAGGAUUCAUUUGAAAGACAUAGCAGCAAAGUUGGGUUUGGAUUCUGCAGCUGAGGCGGAGGCGGUGUCUGGGAAGGCGAUUCUGGACGGCGUUAUCGACGCGAGCAUCGACCACGAGCAGCAGUUCCUUCAGUCAAACGCGAGCUUAGACCUGUACGCCUCCAGCGAGCCUCAGAAAGCCUUUCAUCGCCGCAUUACCUUCUGCCUUGAUCUCUACAACGACGCUGUGAAGGUGAGCAACAGCAGCCGCAGCAACAACAACAGCAGCAGCAGCAGCAGCAGCAGCAACAGCACUCAACAGAAGCGGUUGGCUGCGUCUGCAUGCACUUCGCAGGCAAUGCAAUACCCCGGCAGCACUGAGAGGCAGCAAACAGUUGAAGACGACGAAAGAAAGAGGGCCAUGCAGGAAGAAAGGGCGAGAGCGGAAGACGAAGACCUGGGAGAUGAUAUGGACAUGAUUUAA